AAAAGAAUGCCAGCGAAACCCGAGUGCCUCACGUGCAAGCCGGGCAACCCGACCCACCACGCGUCGGCAGUCGCCGCCACGGGCUGCCAAGCCAUCUACGAGAAGGUCGACGCGUGCAUGAAGCAACACAAGGGCCGCGUCUCCGCCUGCGUCGAGGAGUGGGAAGCCUUCCGCGCGUGCCACAAGAAAGAUGGCACGAGUCCCAAGACGACAAUGUGAUGAGACGAUCAUCAUAAAUAGGAAGCGAGUAGAACUAAUAGAUGACGCCUCGAAGCACGCUAGCAAUACGAUCGAUGGCAAUGCAGACAAGCAUGACGGCUGCAACGUCGACG